UCUGUCAGGUCAAAAUUGUUUACAUAACCAUACCACUGGAAACGAAAUGAGGAACAGUGGGGUAACUGCCUUGGGGCAGAGGGAUUUGCGAUUUGAUCUAGCAACACUUUCGUUUACUAGCCCACCGCUAGUAAACUAGGCUACCUGCCGCCCCAGGUGGUGGGCUUGUUCUUUGUUUUACCUAUAUAAAGGUUCUAAUCACGGACUUCGUGUGUAUAUGAGACUAUGAGAUGUAUAACCUUUUGUCUGCAUCUGUGCUGAUUAAUAUAUGUCCACUUUUAAAUCCUUGAUUCACCAACUAGGAGGUCAACAAUGUGUCAAGUGCUGCUCCGAAGCUCAGCAGUUUUUCCGGAAAUAACUCUACUUUACUGUUGUUCUUCUUUUUGAAAGUUCAAUAGAUGAUCCAGUUAUAAUGGCAUUCGGUAAGAACACCUGUUCCUGUUUCGGGGAUUAUUGUGUUUAACAGGUAGGCUAAAAUCAACAGUAAGGCAAGUACUCUCCGCCUCUUCUCAAUAUAUGUAAGAUAUGAAAUCGUGUUCAAAGUGAUAUCCUGUCGUGUCAUUGGGGAAGACCAUACAAGGUCGUAAGUUAUAUUCAUCUUCACCUUUGUCAGUUUAAGUGUGUUCACUAUGGUGUUUCCAUCUUUAAAAUGCCUGGACCAAAAUGAGCCCAGAGUUUACUUUAUCUCAACUUCGUGUACAGUAGAUUAAAUCAGUGAAAACAACGUCUGAAGUUAGGAUAACAUGUGCUUUGUUUUCAAGAAUUACAGUUGGCUAUUUUAAAUGUAAUGACAGAACAUCGCAUAUGUAGGUUUCCAAAUACAACUCUAAAAUAUCAUCAUGAAAGUCCUAUCUAUACACUUCAACAUGUAAUGUAAGUGGUAAUUUGUAGGUUGGAUAUAUCAAACAUGCAUGGAACUUUAAACAUGACCUUAUAGAAAGCCUGUACAAGACAUGCACAUGUAAUGACAUUGUCUGUGUUUUCCUGGUUUGUUAUGAAUGUGUUAUUAGUGCAUUCUGUUUGAGUUCCUUGUAGAGAGUAAGAGUGCAUGUACAGUUUACAAUUCUUGUCAUAAAUCGAAUAGAAUAUGCCUCUUGAAAAAGACAAAUGUGAUUGAUUAUGUCUGGGGGAAGAAAUGUGUUUGAAAUACCAAAUAUCAGUUGUAAUUAGUACAUUUAGAGCCAGGUAUUAUUAAACGUGUUCACUGAUGUCUAUAUGUAUUUGACUUUGCACGUAAAGAGACACACCAGAUGUGUUUUGUAGGAUAGGACUCCAUUCUCUCCCCUCGACUUGGUUCCAUUUUUCCUUAUUACUUCCUUCUUUAGACUCAAUUUGAGGGGAGGGAACUAUACAUGGCACAUUGCUGACAAAAGCAUAACAUGCUAUAGCAUUAGAAAGCUUUAGCAUUUUACAAUCACAGGAGCAGAAGUCCCUCCUCAAAAUCUAUUUUUCGGACUGGAACAUUAUAAUUUUUCAUGUACAUUGUAAUGUACGGGUCUCUUUUCAGAUGGCUUUGUAAAGAUCCCUGUGCUCAUGAGAUGGAGGAGGCGUACACAGAGCUGUACAGGGAGUUCCUCCAACUGCGCUUGCUGUGUCUGAAGCAGGCUGCUUUACUCAAUAAACUCACAGAGAAACUGAGGACACAGCAAGGAGGAGCCCCUGUUCCUGAUGGAGACCCCAGCGUAAUGGCAUCAAUCCCAAUCCAGUGUACCCAGAAGAGCUCUGUUGCUCUCCCUGCAUGGCCAGAAACCCCAAUGGUCCCAACACACAACCCUGCUGCACACUAUGGCAUUAUAAGGCCAUCUGGGUCCAUGGGGUCACUCACUAAUCUACUGGCUGGGGAUUUGGGCAGACUACGGCUGGACUUUGCUCAUCCAGGGACAGAAAGGAAGGAGGUCCUCAAAGCCACCCCCCUAGGACCUCUGGACCUACCUGGGGGUAAUGAAGAGAUGGCACCCUCAAGUGUCUCUGGGGACUCGAAGCAAGCAGGUCGAUUUUGGAGUGAUGAUAUGACCCGACAAAUGUUCAGGAUGCCCUCGGCAUGUGGCUCCUUCCUGGACAGUGAGUUUUUAAGCCAGACCGGGGGGAUGAUGCUGAUGUCAGAGGUGGCGCUGCAGUCUCAUGUGUGUGACUUCUGUAAUGCUGUAUUCCCUGGCCACACCACCACCAGGGGAGACUUCAUGUGCCACCUCCACACACACAUCACCUAGAACAUUAUUUCCCAACCAGGGGAAAUAAAUACUUGAGGAGACCGAUGAGACCAUGGGCUUACUGGUAAAACGCACAUGAGGGUGUAAUUCAGGGGUACUCCAGGCAGAGCAAAAAACUGUUUGUGUUACAGUAACCGAAAAUGGUUGGGAACCACUGACGUAGAACACUGCUUCCCUGCACAAACUCCAUCACACACACAUCACCUAGAACACUAGUUCCCUGCACCGACUCCACACACAUCAUCGAGAACACUGGUUCCCCCAUAACAUCUCCACACACACGUAAUCUAGAAUCCCCAUAACAUUGUUUCUGUAUCACCUAGAGUAGCUGUUUCCCCAUCACUUAGAUUAGUGGUUUCCCCAUAAUGUUUCCUCUGCAUCACCUUGAGUAAGUGGUUUCCCCAUAAUGUUGCUUCUGCAUCACUUAGAGUAGUGGUUUCCGCAUAAUGUUGCUUCUGCAUCACCUUGAGUAGUGGUUUCCCCAUAAUGUUGUUUCUGCAUCACCUUGAGUAGUGGUUUCCCCAUAAUGUUGAUUCUGCAUCACCUAGAGUAGUGGUUUCCCUUAAAUUUGUUUCUGCAUUGUGACCUGCCUGCCUGCCACCUCCACACACAUCACCUAGACCAUUUAUGAGAUUUGCUUGUUUUCCCCAAGAAAUGUAUUAUUGAUUUCAAUGAAAAAGGUUCUUACAACAUAUAUGUAUUAAUUAAACAGUCUGUUUUCUAUGAAACUGAGAAAUGUACAUAUACCACUGUUUUCUUAUAGCACUAGAGGGCAGUAACAACAUAUGGUAGGCUACAUCAUGGGAUUUGUCUCAGUUAUCUCGUUAUUACUGGUACUGUUUUAUUACUAAAAAUAAUAAAAGGACAUACAGUCAUUUAUAAACAGCUACACAAUCCAUUAUAAUGUUACACAUAAUAUAUGUAUAAACAUAGAAAUAUACUUGUAUAUUUAUCCUAUCGUUGCUUUCGAAGGAAAACCUCUUAACUUUGUAACCAUUCAUUUUUUUCAUUGUGCAUUGGAAUUUUUACAUGCAUUGACUCUAGGGCCAAGAAAAUUUAUUCAAAAUAGCUUCUGAAGUUUCUUAAUUGUAUGUUUGUUAAUGGUAAAGUAUUGCUGUUUUCUAUUUUGGAGAUAAGAGGUUUCAUCCAACACAGACACUAUGUAGGUAAAAUUUCUGUCAUGAUUCUCUGUUGAAUGUAGAGCUGAAUUGAUUAAUAAAUUAGGCCAAUUUUCUUCAAAUAA